UAUAGUUUCUUUAACAAACAGAUUUACACAAGUAGUUACAUCAACAGUCCAGAAUUCCUCGACUAGUAAGAACAUGUCAACAAUUACAACAACAGUCUCAACUUACACAUCUCCACCAUUGUUUUCACCUGGCUCAACAACUAAAUUACCGACAACCACAUCCACAAGUCUUAUUUCUUCAACAAGUGGAAGCUCUUCGACAUCUACAGAAACAUUUUCAGCAAAGUCUUCUACUAAAGGUUCAGGUACAACAUUGAGCAACCUAUCAUUGCAUGUUUCGACACCAAGAGUCCAGACUUCUACUACUGGUACAAGCACAUCUACAUCAACAACAAUUUCUACCACUAUGCCUUCAUCAUUAUUUUCGACUGGCAUGAAUACACCACCGACAAAAACACCAACAUUCCAAAACUCCUCUAAUUCUACAAGCCAGACAACACAAUCCUUAGCUACAACAGCUACAAGCAUGCCUAUAAUACCAACUUCAAAAUCUUCUUUGGAAAUUUCAUCUACUCUCAAAAGCGUAUCUUCAGGAAUGUCAACAGCAACUUCUGAUGGUAUUCAUUCUCCAGCUUUUUCAACUAGCAUUCCUACACCAAGAACCAUGACAGCAACAAGUAUUACAUCCUCAUCAGGCCAAAGCAUAUCAAAAACUACAGCAACUUCUUCAACAAGAUUUUCUGUAGUACCUUCGGUUUCUUCAACAAACAGAUUUACUCAAGGAGUUACAUCAACAGUCCAGAAUAUUUCCACUAGUAAGAACAUGUCAACAAUUACAACAACAGUUUCCACUAAUACAUCUCCACCACUGUUUUCACCUGGCUCAACAACUACAUUGCCGACUACUACCUCCACAAGUCCUAUUUCUUUAACAAGUGGAAGCUCUUCAACAUCUACAGAAACAUCUUCAGUAAAGUCUUCUACUACAGGUUCAGGUACAACAGUGAGCAACCUAUCAUUUUAUGUUUCGACACCAAGAGUCCAGACUUCUACAACUGGUACAAGCACAUCUACAUCAACAACAAUUUCUGCCACUAUGCCUUCAUCACUUUUUUCGACUGGCAUGAAUGCACCACAGACAAAAACACCAACACCCCAGACGUCCACUCUCAAAAGCAUGUCUUUAGGAAUGUCAACAACAAUUUCUGCUGGUAUUUAUUCAGCAACAAGUAUUACAUCUUCCUCAGGCCAAAGCAUAUCAACAACUACAGAAACAUCUUCAACAAGAUUUUCUGCAGUACCUUCAUCCACUGUUAAAAGUGUGUCCUCGGAAAUGUCAUCGACCAUUUCGACUGGUGUUCAUUCAUCAGCUUUUUCAACUACUGUUUCUACAACAUCAACUUUGACAUCAAUGAAUAUUACAUCCUCCACUAGCCAAAGCAUAUUAACAAGUACAGCAAUAUCUUCAACACAUAUUUCUAAUACCCCUUCAGUGUCUUCAGUUAGCAGCUUUACAAAACAAGUUCCAACCUUAGCACAGAGUUUCUCCACUGGUAAAAUUAUAUCCACAGUUCCAAAAACAAUAUCCACUGGAAGAUAUUCAUCAGUAUUUCUGAGUGACGUGACUUCAGCACAGACUAAAACAUCAAAAACAACAUUCAAUAUUUCUUACAAUUUUACUGGAAUGUUUAAUACUACUGGAACUCCAAAUUCAGUGAAAAUUACUCCAAAACCUGUUUGCUCUUGUCGUUGGUCAGAUUGGCUGGACUUUAAGCAGCCAACAACAGGCCUUGAAGGUGGGGAAAUUAUAUCAAUUCAAAACAUCCUUUACAGCUUACCUAACUUCUGCACUGCACUAAAAGACGUGGAAUGUCGUGCAAAAAAUUAUCCCACAUUACGUCUUUCCCAGCUUAACCAGGUUGUGAAAUGUAAUGUCAAGGAUGGUCUUGUUUGCUUGAACAAAUACCAAGGCAAUACAUAUCAGUGCUUUGACUAUGAGAUUAGAGUAUCCUGCUGUAGUGGAAACUGUGGCAGUACCACAACACUGACACCAAAUUUGCCCUCAGUUACACCUGCUCUUGGAUGCAUUUGUCAUUGGUCAGGUUGGAUGGACUUUGGUAGUGUAACAACAGACCCUGAAGGUGGUAAAAUAAUUUCCAUCAGUAAAAUAUCUGAUGCUUAUCCUUUAGUCUGCUCAGCACCAAAGGUGUUAGAAUGCCGUGCAAAACUUUACCCUGAGCUUUCUCUCUCACAACUUGGCCAGAUAGUGACAUGUAAUGCAAAGGAUGGACUCAUCUGUUUAAACAAACAACAAAAUAUUACACAGCAAUGCUUUGACUAUGACAUCAGAAUUUUAUGCUGCCAUGGAAAAUGUAGCAGCUCAGAACAAGCAGCAACGACCUCUGCUAUGCAGUCACCAUCAGCAACCACACCGGUGUCUUUAGAUAUAACUUUGAAACAACAGUCUAAACCUUUUAGUACAUCAAAGUCAGUUACGUCUACCUCAGCAUGUGUUUGUCAUUGGUCAGAACCUUUGGACUUUGAUGGGCCAACAGUAGGUCCUAAUGGUGGUCAAAUAGUACCUAUCAAAAAAAUAACAGAUACAUAUCCUACAGUGUGUUCUGCCCCAAAGGAAGUGAAAUGCAGUUCGAAACUUUAUCCUCAACUUUCUGUUUUACAGCUUGGACAGGUUGUUAUUUGUAAUGAAAAAGAUGGACUCCUGUGCUUGAACAAAAACCAAGAUAUCACUCAGCAGUGCUUUGACUAUGACAUCAGAGUAUUAUGCUGUCAUGGAAAAUGUGACAACUCCACACAGGCAAAAACAACUACUCCAUCAUCAUCAGUGUCAACAAAAGCAAAAGAUUCUCCAGCUUUUAAACCUACUGAGACAACAAAUCUUAAUACUUCUUGCAUAUGUCAGUGGUCCGAAGCCUUGGACUUUGGUGGGCCAACAGUAGGUCCGGAAGGUGGUCAAAUAGUACCAAUCAAAAAAAUAACAGAUACCUAUCCUACAGUCUGUGCUGCCCCAAGAAAGGUGGUAUGCAGUGCAAAACAUUAUCCUCAACUUUCUGUUUUACAACUUGGGCAAACUAUUAUUUGUAAUGAAAAAGAUGGGCUCUUGUGCUUGAACAAAAAACAGGAUACCACUCAACAAUGCUUUGACUAUGACAUCAGAGUACUGUGUUGUUAUGGAAAAUGUGACAACUCCACACAGGCACCAACAGCUUCUCCUAUGUUGUCAGCAUCAGCAAACACACUUUCUGCAAAUGCACCUUUGGCAGCUUCUAUAUCUUCCAAGCCAUUUAAUGCAAUUCCAAUUACUGCAAUUCCUUUGUGCAUUUGUCAUUGGUCAAAAUGGUUGGAUUUUGGCACCUCAACAACAGGUCCUAAAGGUGGAAAACUUAUACCUAUCAAAGCCAUCACUGAUGCUUAUCCGAUCAUUUGUUCAAAACCACAGAAAGUUGAAUGCCGUUCAAAACUUUAUCCUGCACUUGCUCUUUCCCAGCUUGGCCAGACAGUGACGUGCAAUCUUGAAGAUGGCCUUGUUUGCUUAAAUAAAAACCAAAGUAUUACCCAGCAGUGCUUUGACUAUGAGAUGAGACUGUUGUGUUGUCAUGAAGAGUGUGUUAGUGCAACACUACCAGCAGCAGUAUCUCUAGUUUUAAACAGUUCCUCAACAAGUGUAAGGUCAACUACUUCACCCCCGAAAAGAGAUUUGGCUGCAACAAUUUCAGAAACAUUUCCAUCUCACUGUAUUUGCCAGUGGUCAAACUGGGUGAACAAUGGCAGCCCGACAACAGGGCCUAAAGGCGGUAAACUAAUAUCAAUUAAAGUCAUCACUGACACUUAUCCAACCACCUGCUCAAAGCCACAAAAAGUUGAAUGCCGUGCAAAGCUUUAUCCCGGACUUGCUCUCUCCCAGCUUGGCCAGACAGUGACAUGUAAUCUUGAAGAUGGACUUCUUUGCUUGAAUAAAAACCAAAGUAUUACCCAGCAGUGCUUUGACUAUGAGAUGAGAUUGUUGUGUUGUCACGAAGAGUGUGUUAGUGCAACACUACCAGCAGCAAUAACUCAAGCUUUACGCAGUUCCUCCUCAAAUGUAAGCACAACCACUGUACCCCUAAGUAUAGAUAAUAAUAUAACUAUAUCAAAAACAUUGAAUUCUAAAUGUAUUUGCCAGUGGUCAGACUGGGUGAACUUUGGGAGCCCAACAGCAGGGCCUGAAGGUGGUAAACUAAUACCAGUCAAAGUCAUCACUGACACCUAUCCAACAACCUGCUCAAAACCACAAGAAAUUGAAUGUCGUGCAAAACUUUAUCCUGGGCUUGCUCUCUCCCAACUCGGCCAGACAGUGACAUGUAAUGUUAAAGAUGGAUUUAUUUGCUUGAAUAAAAACCAAAGUAUUACCCAGCAGUGCUUUGACUAUGAGAUGAGAUUGUUGUGUUGUCAUGAAGAGUGUGUUAGUGCAACACUACCAGCUGCAAUAACUCAAGCUUUGCGCAACUCCUCGACAAGUGUAAGCUCAACCACUUUAGCCCCAAGAAGAGAUGUUAACACAACAAUCUCAAAAACAUUAAAUUCUAAAUGUAUUUGCCAGUGGUCAGACUGGGUGAAUUUUGGGAGCCCAACAACCGGGCCUCAAGGCGGUGAACUAAUAACAGUCAAAUUGAUCACCGACAUUUAUCCAACCAUAUGCUCAAAACCACAGAAAAUCGAAUGCCGUGCAAAGUUUUAUCCUGGACUUGCCCUUUCCCAACUUGGCCAAACAGUGAAAUGUAAUCUUGAAGAUGGCCUUGUUUGCUUGAAUAAAAACCAAAAUAUUACCCAGCAGUGCUUUGACUACGAGAUCAGAUUGUUGUGUUGUCAUGAAGAAUGUGUUAGUGCAACGCUACCAGCAGCAAUAGCUCUAGCUUCACGCAGUUCCUCCACAAGUGUAAGCACAACCGCUGUACCCCAAAAAAGAGAUGUCAACACAACCAUCUCAAAAACAAUGAAUUCUAAAUGUAUUUGCCAGUGGUCAAACUGGGUCAACUUUGGGAGCCCAACAACAGGGCCUGAAGGUGGUAAACUAAUACCAGUCAAAGUCAUCACUGACACCUAUCCAACAACCUGCUCAAAACCACAAGAAAUUGAAUGCCGUGCAAAACUUUAUCCUGGACUUCCUCUUUCCCAACUUGGCCAGACAGUGACAUGUAAUGUUAAAGAUGGAUUUGUUUGUUUAAAUAGAAACCAAAGUAUUACCCAGCAGUGCUUUGACUAUGAGAUGAGAUUGUUGUGUUGUCAUGAAGAGUGUGUUAGUGCAACACUACCAGCAGCGAUAACUCUGGCUUUACGCAGUUACUCCAGAAGCAUAAGCUCAACCACUGUACCUCCCAGAAGAGAUAUCGCUGCGACAAUUUCAAAAACAUUUCCUUCUUCUUGUAUUUGCAAAUGGUCAGACUGGAUGGACUUUGGCAGCCCAACAACCGGACCCGAAGGUGGUGAAAUUGUACCAAUGACAAAUAUAACAAACACAUACUCUAAUAUUUGUCCUGCUCCAACUGAAGCUGAAUGCCGUGCAAAACAUUACCCUGGAGUACAACUCUCACAGCUAGGCCAGGUAGUAACAUGCAAUUCUCAAGAAGGACUAGUUUGUCUAAACAAGAACCAACUUGUUACACAGCAAUGCUUUGAUUAUGAGAUUAAAGUGUUAUGCUGUCAAGGACUGUGUGGAAAAUCAUCAAAAAUUUCACCAAGAAUUCAGCGUUUAUCCCACAGUGCAGUUGUCACCCCACCAAGCUUGCCAGCUGUCACAGUUUCAUCAGGAGGUCACAUCACUGCACGUCAUGACUGUGUCUGUGAAGUUUAUGGCAAUACAUUUAAUCCAGAAUCUGAAAUUUACAAUAUAACCGAUGGUGAUGGAUGGUGUUAUGUUGCAAAAUGUGUCAAAACUGAAGAGAGGUGUGAUGUAAAAAAAAUAUCAGGACCCUGUUUAACAACAGUAUUUCCAGCAGCCUCUAUGUCACUGACAGGCAACUGUGAGAAACAUACGCCUCCCCUUACUAAUGGUGAAUCUGUCAAAGUGGGAAAUUGCCAAAUCGGGACAUGCAAUAAUGGUUAUAUUCAGUAUAAAGCGGUAGACUGUGAUCCAGUACAGUACCCUGUGUGUGAAAACAAAUUUUCACCGCUGAACAUUUCUGAUGAAUCAGGAUGCUGUUUUAAACACGAGUGCCAAUGUAUUUGCAAUGGCUUUCGUAACCUGCAUUACAUCACAUUCGAUGGAAUAUAUUACCCAUUUCAAGGAAACUCCUCUCGAGUGCUUGUGCAAGAAAUUAAACCGAAGUAUAAUUUUAGUGUUGUAGUUGAUAAUAUCUGUGACAUUGAAGAUGAUCUCUCCUGCCCCAAGUCCCUGGUGGUUCAUUAUAAAUCUUUUAAGAUCUUCAUGACUCAGAGAGUUUCUGCCGGAGCUGUUAUGAAUUUGAUUUCUGUGAACAACAAGAAAGUCAGGUUACCGUUUCAAUAUGAAGAUGUCCAUGCCACAGAGACUGGCAUCGAGUCUAUUGUGGUCUUAUCUGAGAUUGAUGCACAGAUCUCUUUUACUGGCACAAUGUUUUCCAUCCACCUCCCAUGGCAAAAGUUUCAUGGUAACACAGAAGGACUCUGUGGCGUGUGUGAUAAUGACCAAACAAAUGAUUGUCGUCUGCCAAAUGGCACCAUUAUAUCAUCUUGCCAAGACAUGGCUUCAUAUUGGCAUGUGCAUGAUAGCAACAACAGCAAAAACUUUCUGCCAUCGAGACCAGAGUCCACCACAGUGUCAUCAUGCCCGUCUUCUGCAAUGUGCAAAAUCAUUGAACACAAGAUCUUUGAGAAAUGUCACAGGUUUGUCCCAGUUGAACCAUAUGUGUCAGCAUGUACAUUUGAUGUGUGUAACAAGAGCAAUGCAACCAUUGGCUGUGCCAGUCUACAGGCCUAUGCUCACGAAUGCGCAAUGGCAGGAGUUUGUGUAGACUGGAGAGAUGCGACAAAUGGAGUUUGUGAUUUUAAGUGUAAAAGCCCACAGACAUAUUUAGCAUGUGGCCCUCAAGUGGAACCAACCUGUGAUGAAAGAUUUAAUCAGAAACAUUUGCAUGGCAAUAAUGCAUUCAGUAAUUCAGAAUCAAUGCUGUGGGAAGGAUGUUAUUGUCCAAGAGGCACCACACGUUUGAGACACAACUCUAAUAUAUGUGUUCCAAGCUGUGAUUUUAAGCAGUCCAUCACAACAUCUUUCUCCUAUCAGAAACACAGCGCAUCGGUCUGAGACUCACAGGUUUCAGGAUCCAGCACCAUCACUGAUGGAAACAAAGCAUAACAGAGACUUUUGAUUCAGCUGGAAUUAAAUGUUAUUUUUAAAUCUUAGUUUACCUGUAAAUUAUACUUUACUCAUACUUGUGUACAUGAAUAAAAGCUGUAUAAAAAUGCUGCAUUUACUAUAUUUAACUGUAUUUAUCCAAAAUAAAGAACAUAUCAUAUGAAA